AUGUCUUUGUCCUCUACGAGUCUUCCUGGAAGCGACCAGCAAAGUCUCAGGGAGGAACGAAAGUGGAACAGGAUGAGUGAAAAAAUGAGCGGGUUCCACGAGUGGUUUAAACAGGAAUUCAACAUGCUCUACACCCUCGCUGAUGGGUCCUUCACUUCUCGAGGACUUUCGCUCGCUCACUAUCUCGAAACUGCCAAGACGAUGAAUCACCAUCUGACAAUGCAUCAUGCAAUCGAGGAGCGUUAUGUUUUUCCUAUCCUAACCAAGAAGAUGCCGCAGUUUGCGAAAGAAAAUGAAGGUGCACAUAUAAUUUCUCAUCAAGGGAUUCACGAAGGUCUUGUGAAGUUGGAGAAACUUGUUGACAAGUGGACUGACGAGCCUGCGACGUACUCCCCGGAAGAAAUGCGUGACUGCCUGGAUAGUUUUAGAGAUGUAUUAUUCCACCAUCUCGAUGAGGAGGUUGAAGACUUACGCGGAGAGAACCUGAAGAAGUAUUUCACAUUGCAGGAAGUAACAGCUUUACCGAUUUGA